CUUCCCUCUUCUCUCUAUCUCUCUUCUCCCAUUUUCAGCUUUUUUUUGUGUUUUUUUUUAAAGAAACAGUUUGGAACCAUUACGUAACGGUGUGUAGCAGGCUGUUACGGCUGUUACGGCGCCGUUACGACCGCUACGACAGCCGCUACGACCGACACAUCUAUGAGUCUCAAUCACACUGCAAAAGCGGCCAUAAUGGGUGGCGGUAACCACCAAAACCGUUACAUAACAACGUUACGUAACGGUUGCGACCGCUUUUUAAAACCUUGGUCAUGCCCUACUGUGAUCCAUCUUCCUAAUGCAAAGAUGCAAAGCAUAUUCCAAUAUGCAAUUGCAUGUCGUAGUGAAAAUGUGUUCCACCUCGUAUAUCAACUUGAGGAGUCUACUUAUAUAUAUCUGUCAAAUUUGGACGCGUCAGGGAACAAUGCUCUGCAUUUGGCUGCAUUGUUGGGACCUCAGCAGCAACUCAGUCUCAGUGUAAGUGCAGCUGGUGCAGCUCUACAAAUGCAGCGCGAAUUGCAAUGGUUUAAGGAAGUGGAAAAAUUGGUACUGCCUGGAGACAAAGAAAAGAGGAACACUAAUGGAAUGACACCUGCAAAAGUAUUUACUGAUACACACCAGGAGUUGGUAAAGGAAGGAGAGAGGUGGAUGAAAGACACUGCCACUUCAUGCACAAUUGUAGCUUCCCUCAUUGUCACCGUUGUUUUUGCGGCUGCCAUUACAGUGCCAGGUGGAAACAACAACAAUAACGGACAUCCAUAUUUUUCCAAACAUAAAGCCUUUUUAAUCUUUGGCAUAUUUGAUGCAUUGGCUCUUUUCUCAUCCAUUACUUCUGUGUUGAUGUUCUUGUCCAUCCUUACUGCUCGCUACGCAGAAGAGGAUUUUCUCUAUGCUCUCCCCAAAAGAUUAAUCAUUGGUCUUGUUAUGUUAUUUGUCUCUCUAUUAUCCAUGAUGAUUGCCUUUGGAGCCACACUUUAUCUAAUGUUUGGAGAUAAUAAGGUCUGGAUUCUUGUUCCUGUCAUUGCAGCCUUGCAAUUUCCUCUCCUUGUAGUGAUGAUAAAAUCCAUUUCGAGUUCGGACACCUUUGGCAAGCGAAGUGAUCGUAUGCUCUUAUAGGUAAAAAACAUCAAAUGUUGAGAAUGAGAAAACAUAUCUUCAGCCAAACUCCUCUAGUAUUCAAUGGUAUUUCAAAUUACAAUUGCUAUUUGAUUUGGUGGUACAAUGCAAUGACUAAUAAGAAUAUUCAGUUGCUUUGUAACUAAUGAGUUAUUA